AUGGCCGCCCAGAGAUUACUAGCAGCGGAUGGUGGCUUAGUUGGAGCACGCGCCAAACGUCAUGGCGAGGACGCUGCGCAGAAGCUCUGGGCGUCCUUGGGCAGUGCGACCAAGGUCCACAGAAAGUGGCCCUCAGUCCCCAAGACUUCCAUCGCUCACGCCGCGAACCCUGUCGGGCUCAUUUUGCGCCACAGAGAUGCGUAA